UAGUUGAUUAUCCACAUAACAAAAAAUUGUAUUACUUAGAACAGAGGGAGAUGGAUUCCCCUCUGUUACAUGAAUUGAAAAGGCAGGCUUCCUUCUUCCUCAAAGAGAAAAUCAAGACUGCUCGACUUGCUCUUACAGAUGUUACUCCUACUCAACUGCUGGCUGAAGAAGCUACGACUGGAGAUUUGAUUGCACCAAACAUGAAAACCAUGAGGCUAAUAUCGCGUGCAGCUUUUGAAGUUGAUGAUUAUUGGAGGAUCGUUGAUAUUCUGCAUAACAGGUUGUCGAAAUUUGAUAGAAGAAAUUGGCGACCAUGUUAUAAGGCUCUGAUGUUAUUGGAAUAUCUGUUAACUCAUGGACCAGAAAGUAUUGCAGAGGAGUUUCAAAGUGAUGAAGAUGUCAUCAGACACAUGGGAAGUUUUCAAUAUGAUGAUGAAAAAGGGUUUAAUUGGGGAUCAAGUGUUAGAAACAUGUCAGAGAGGGUGAUAAAGCUACUUGAAGACAGGAGUUUCCUGAAAGAGGAGAAACAGAGAGCACGAAAAGUGACAGUUGGAAUAAAAGGAUUCGGGAGUUUCUGCACUCGUUCUGUUUCAGGCGAAGAAAGCAUGGAAGACGCCAUUUCCGAGAGAUACCUGAGAAGCAAUUCUGACUUUACUGAUUGCCAGAACAAGGAGAACCAAAUCAUGGGCUCAGACAAUGGGUUCUCUUGCGAGCAAAAGUUGGGAAGAAGUUGGGAUAUGGAAAGUGUUAUAGAUGAUCCAACAAGUGAUGCCAUGGAAUGGGAUCAACAUCCAUUCUGUGAUAUUAGAGAUAAUCAUAGCCAAGCUUCCUUGCUUUCCAUAUCCGGAUUAAGUAGCAAAGGAAUAUCGCUAUUGGGGGAGAAGAAAAAGAAGUUAUAAGAUAGGAAGUUCUAUUUGAUAGAAGUUGCCAAGUCUGUGUUUGAGUGGAGGUGCUUAGGUGUAUUCAAAGUCUAUUAUGUCCUUGUGCAGUUAACAUAUGCAUUUUUGCAUCAUGUCCGCAGCUCAAACAAGUGACCUCAUGAUCACGUGGAGACAACUUCACCCGUUACCCAAAGCUUCAUUUCAUGUUAGGUACUUGAAUAUUUUGCCUAGUUGUUAAGAUCCAUUUAUGGUAAUUUCUUCUGUGAACAAUAAGGAUACAUUUGGCAAAUCAAAUAUCAUGGUUCAAUAA